AAAGAACAGCAGCAAGCAGCCUCCUUUUCCCUUGCUUUGCCAUCUGCACUGCUUUGCGCCCCCCUCAAAAACCCUAAUUCCUCACAAUUCUCAGAAUCCUAGAAAAACCCUAAUUUAUAACCGCAAUCAUAUUUCGUCUCGAGAAAGAGAGCCCUCCUUUGGAGCUCCAUCUCUCCAAUAAACAAGCGAACACCUCAAACUCAGCUUGAAGAUAGCUACAACACUGAUUGCUGAACAGGGUUCUAAAUUGAGGUGAUUUUGGAGAUUGAUAUUGGUAACAUCAUGGCCAUCCAAACUAGUCUUCGUCUUAUUUCUUACUCACAAGAGCUUGUAGAUGGACAGCCAUUGCAUGUUUCUUCAAACGGCAUUCCAAUCAAAGCUUUGAAAUUUGAACCAGCUGGGCAUGCUUUUCACACUGCUGCUUUAAAACUCCUUGGCUGGGAGGAGGAAGGCACAAAGACUGAAGAUCAGAAAGUGUCCAAUGACAAACAGCAAUCAUACAUGCCAUCAUCUGAAUCCUACAGCACCAAAGGUAAAAAGAAAUCUGGAUCUGGAGAUACGCAACAGGAUCACUAUGCCUUGUUGGGUUUAGGCCAUUUGAGAUAUCUUGCCACAGAAGAACAAAUACGGAAAAGCUAUCGUGAGGUUGCUUUGAAGUAUCAUCCAGACAAGCAGGCUGCUAUUCUUCUUGCCGAGGAAAGUGAGGCUGCAAAACAAGCAAAAAAGGAUGAAAUAGAGAGCCACUUUAAAGCAAUCCAAGAAGCAUAUGAAGCUUUGAUUGAUCCUGUGAAGAGAAGAAUAUAUGACUCUACAGAUGAGUUUGAUGAUGAAAUUCCCACUGACUGUGCCCCUCAAGACUUCUUCAAGGUGUUUGGUCCUGCUUUUAUGAGGAAUGGACGGUGGUCAGUUAACCAAACAGUCCCAUCUUUAGGUGAUGAGAAAACUUCUUUAAAAGAAGUAGAUAGCUUUUAUAAUUUUUGGUACAGCUUUAAAAGCUGGAGAGAGUUCCCUCAUGCGGAUGAAUUUGAUCUUGAAGAAGCCGAGUCUCGUGACCACAAGAGAUGGAUGGAGAGGCAGAAUGCAAAGCUUUCAGAAAAGGCAAGAAAGGAAGACUAUGCACGGAUACGUACUCUUGUUGACAGUGCCUAUAAGAGAGACCCAAGAAUAUUGAGGAGAAAGGAGGAGGAGAAAGCUGAGAAGCAAAGAAAGAAGGAAGCUAAAUUUUUGGCAAAAAGGUUGCAAGAAGAAGAAGCUGCAAGGGCUGCUGAAGAGGAGAAACGCCAGAAAGAAGAGGAGGAAAAACGUGUUGCUGAAGCUGCUUUACAGCAGAAGAAAUUAAAGGAGAAAGAGAAGAAGCUUUUGCGUAAAGAGCGGAGUCGCCUUCGAACUCUUUCAGGAUCUGUUCUGUCACAGUGUUUGCUCAAUCUUAGCGAGGCUGAUGUGGAGAAUCUUUGUAUGUCACUGGAUAUUGAGCAGCUUAGGAGUUUAUGUGAAAGGAUUGAAGGCAAAGAAGUGCUAGAGCAAGCAAAAGUACUGAGAGAUGCAUGUGGAUGUGAUCAUGAUUCUGGGAGCAGUAAACAAGAAGAGAAGAAGAUUUCGCAGCAGAAUGGCUCUUUGAACUCCAAUGGAAGUUCCCCAUCAAGCAGCUCCGGAAAGAAGGAGAAACCAUGGGGUCGAGAAGAAAUUGAGCUUCUGAGAAAAGGAACGCAGAAAUAUCCUAAAGGAACAUCGCGGAGGUGGGAGGUUAUUUCAGACUACAUUGGUACAGGAAGAUCUGUUGAAGAAAUUUUAAAAGCAACAAAAACAGUCCUCCUUCAGAAACCUGACUCCGCUAAAGCUUUUAAUUCUUUUCUUGAGAAGAGGAAACCUGCACAAUCCAUUGAAUCUCCCCUUUCAACUAGAGAGGAAACAGAAGGGGCAUCAACUGUUCAAGCACUUGAAAGUAGUGCUGCAAAGGUGGCUCAAGAAGAGUCUUCAAGUGACACGGACAAGCAGAAAACUGAUGAUGUGGUCACUGCAAAUGGGGUGUCUUCAAGUGCUGACCAAGAUGUGUGGUCUGCCGUGCAAGAAAGAGCUCUGGUUCAGGCUCUAAAAACGUUCCCAAAAGAAACCAGUCAACGUUGGGAGCGGGUUGCUGCUGCUGUUCCUGGGAAAACUAUAAACCAGUGCAAGAAAAAAUUUGCUUUGCUGAAGGAGAGCUUUAGAAACAAGAAAAACACAGCAUAGUCUGUUGUCGGGUGUGGCUUUAAGGUAGUUAAAAAAAUUAAAGAUGUGCGUGAGGAGGUAUAAAUCUUUAUCCCUUUGAGAUCCCAUUCUUUCUCUCCCUAGAUAAGAAGCAGUGAAGCUACUACAUGUGACAGCAAUUUCUUUCCCUAGUUUUGACCCUUUGGCUUUUGCCAUCAUGCCUCACAUGUUUCGUUUAACAUUUUCAGAGGGGGAGCCAUUAGAUGGAAAUUUUUGUGUGUAUUCAUUUUCAGCUGAAGCUGCUCCAUGUUUUAGAGACGUAUUAGCAUGUGCUUCUUUUUAGAUCAUGCCUUAUUUACAGAAUUUUAGUUGCAUUACAUUUAUCGAGAGCACGAGAACAUCUGUAUAAAGAAUUAGAAGAGCAAUCCCACCUCGAGUAGAUUUUAUCUGGUGGAUCUUUAUCUAGGUGGGUUAGUCUACUUUGUCUUGUACAAUUUUGAUUUAUUUAAAUAAAAUGAAAUUUGGAGA